AUGAAUGAAAUUUGCCUCGAUAUCGAUCUGGAGAAUGUGUGCCGCAUCUGCCUGUCGGAGACCGAUCCCAGUGCUCAUCUGUUUCACAUCUUCACCGAUGCCAUUGUGGACGGAACGCUAGUGACCGUAUCGGCGGUGAUCGAACAUUGGAUCCUAAAGGAAAGCCCACAGCGUGACGAACAUUCCGUAACAGAAGCGUUGCCCGAGGAGGAACUCAUCGAAGAGCUGCUGCUCGGUGAUCCCGUUACGCCAGCGUCGACUGAGCAGUCCCUGGAAAGCCCGUUCGCAGAGGAGAGCCUGGUACAAGAGGAUCGACCCGAUCGCUCCAGCCCGGAACGGAAUCCCUUUGCAAAUGAUGAAGGCGACCUUAGUUUUGAGGACGAACCGGAAAGUAAAGCCGCCACGCAAGAGAGUAACAGAACCGUUCAGUUUGUCGUAACGGAGCUGAGUCCCGCCGAGGUAAGCUGUUUCGAGUGUGAAAUCUGCGGAAAGAAAGUGCGCAACCAAUCGCGCCUUACGAGACACCUCAAGCUACACACCGAUUCGAGUGUGGUGCUGGAACAUAUACGGUUCUACACGUGCACCGUGUGCCAGUCACUGUUUCCCAGUGAGCCACACCUGGCCGAGCACCAGCGCCAGUGUACCAGCUCGGGCGCAGGCUUGGACGACGAGGGCUUUCUGGAACGCCGUGGCGGUGCAGGAGGCCUGUGCGGUGUCUGCAACGCUUGGUACGACAGCGGCCAGCAUCUGAAGCAACACCUUGUGACCCACUUGCAGCGAUUUCCGUGCCCAUUCGAAGGAUGCGGCUGUGUGUACGGAUCGCUGGCGAGGCUAAGCGCGCAUGUCUCCAGCAAACAUCUGCGCCCUGACCGCACCGUUUGUCCCCACUGUCACGAGGAUAUCGGUGCAGGCGGCAUACAGCUACACCUGCGGUCGUUUUGCAAAGGGAAGCUGUUUGCCUGCAAGCACUGCGACAAGAAGUUUCUCACUUCGCGGGCCCUGGCGCACCAUCUAAGGUGCCUGGUGCAGAGCUUCCAGUGUACGCAGUGUGACAAAUCGUACAGUACGCAGAGCACCUUGCGAUUGCACGAACGAACCCACACCGGGGAGCGCCCGUUCGUGUGUGCCGUCUGCAACAAGUCGUACAAAACGGCCAGCUUGCGAACAGCCCACAUGGAAUCGCACAUCGAGGGCAAAACGUUCGAGUGUGGCAUCUGUGGCAAGUUUUUGCAGACAGGCAUGAGCUACCGGAACCACAUCCGACGGCACCGGGAGGAACGCUGCCACGGGUGCGAUGUGUGUGACAAGAAGUUCUACACUAAGUACAGCCUCCGUGUGCACCAGGAAAUGGUGCACAAGCGGAAACGAUCGGCCCCGGUCGACGACGACUAA